AUGCCUUUCUCCGUCGAACACCUCAAUGUUUGCGCUGAUCUCGUGGCCGCAGCCACGGACUUGGAGAGCGCCGCAUACCACCUGGCACCAGUGUUGGCGGUGCUCGAGUCUCCUAGGGAGAUGGGCCAGUCGUUCUUGCGGGGGCUAGGCGACGAAACCCAUUGCGAUUAUGCAGGGAUCCAUGGGACCUUCGAGAGGUUAUGCUCCAAGGGCACCAACCGUUGGGCGGCCGAAAUGUCAGAGAAGAUCCGUGACGUCGCGCUGCAGGUGUUCCCGGACAGGCUUGGGACCACUGCCGACGACGAGUCUGACCGCAGUAGGCACGCCGAGCUGGAAGACACCUUGCCUGAGCCUGCGUUGCCAACGCCCGCGACCGCGGCUCACGUUGGUGUGCAGUGCGGCUGGGUCGCAGCGAUGCUUGCCGCGCUGUUGCCGCUCAUGGAAGAUUCGCUCCCCCGCGACGCCAACGGCAUCAGCGUGAUUCCCCACAGGCACAGCAUGGAAGUAGUUGUGUCCAGCGAUGAUUCAAUGUACUUCACAGGUUUGGGCCGCCUGGCUUACCAGACGAACAAGGUCUGCGACAAUUGCCAGAAGCGGAUCCAAGACCGGCAGUUCUACCACUGCUCCGCGAACUGCGACAUCGACUUUUGCGAGAACUGCUACCGGAAACUCGAGGGCGUCUUUGCUGCCUUCUUUGAUGGCGAGGCCGACGAGGGCGACCGCGACCGUAGGUACAAGCAGCUGGAAUGGGUGAUCAUUCUCAGCGAGCGCGUGGCUGCCCACGUUUUGAGCCAAAGUCCAGCCAGCCGGUUAAAGCUCGCCCAAGAAUUUGCUUUCGAGUGGCCGACGAACUUGUUCUACCGAUUCAUACGUGCAGUUGUUGAUGUUGUGAAUGCCAGGGUUGUGCAUGUACAGGAUGUGAAAGAUAUCAAGGCUGACGAACGAUUCUGGUACACAGUCGGGCUGCUCCAAUUUUUGUAUUCCGCCAACACGCUGUCCUGCAGCUCGUCGGGGAUCGACGGGGACGAGCCCCGGGGGCCCAAGGUAGACCACGACUUGUUCAUCCUGGAGGGUAUCAACAAGUGCGAGCCCUUCUCGGAAUGGCACCGGUGGCGCGAGCACCCCAGCGCCAAGGUUCCGGACGUUCUGGCCAUAGAUUUCUUCAGCCUGUCCACGGACUUCUGCUCGUUCCUCACGCACAAUAAUCUCGUUCCCGUCAGUUUCCUUCGCGUCUGCCUCCUGGCCGACGUCUGGGAACAGCUCCAGGUGGGGAUGAGCCGCCUUGCGCCGUUGCAGAUCGAAGUCCGGCGCGACCCAGCCCACCUUCUGGAGGACGUGCUGCGGAAUUUCGAGGACAAGAGCGACAGCCAGCUGCGGAGGCCGCUCUGUGUCACCUUCGAGGGCGAGGAGGGCGCUGGCCCAGGCGUGGCCAGGGAGUUCUUCCAGGUAGUGCUGAGGAGCAUCCUCGACGCCGACGCUCCCCUGGCACUCUUCAGGCACAAUGAGCUUCAGCGGACGUACUGGUUCAAUGAGGACACCGACAACUACAGAGCGUUCCGUGCUUGCGGCAUCCUUCUGGGACAGGCCGUGCUGAAUAACACGCUGGUGCCAAAUAUAUUUCCACGGGUCCUGUACGGAUGCUUGCUGGAAGACCUGCAGUCCCCGUGCGCACGCCCGAUCACCCUGGAGGACCUGGCAACGGUCAGCAGGGAGACUGCACAGAGCUUGCAGAGGAUCCUCGACUACACCGGCGACGACAUCGGCGAUGUGUUCGGGGAGCUGGACUGGGGCUCUCUUGGCUGCAGGCUCGACGGCAAGGUCCUCGCACAGAGCAGCAAGGCCCAGUUCGUCCAGGCCCACGUGGACUGGUUCAUCCGCCAGCGCUUCGCCGCUCAGCUCGCCCCGCUCAGCGAGGGCUUCCGGGCCAUCCUGGGCUGCUCGGCGCUGCUCCAGAGCAUGGUGGACGCCGUGCAGCUCGAGAAGAUAGUCUGCGGCGGCUCCGUGCCCGUGGACGUGGCCGCCAUCCGGAGGGGCGCCGCCCACGAGGGCUGGAGCCUCGACGAGGAGUCGGAGUAUCUCCAGGACUUCUGGGACUGUGUCGCCGGCUUCCCCGAGACCGAGAAGGUAUCCAGAUUUUGUCAUGUUCGUCACCGCUAG